AUGAUGCUAGUGAGUCCAACCUUUAAUGAGAUACGUUAUUAUUAUUAUUAUAUAAUUACUUUUCCAUCAUUUGUUUCUUCUAAAAGGCAAACCAAAGAGGGUUUUUGUGCUUGGGGUGCGAUAUCACCCCUUUGGGUUGACUCGCCGAGAAUGCGCCCGUGUGGGCCGGAAGGGGCGGCGGGGGCCCUGGCGGACCGCUUUUACACCACCUCGCCGUGUGGGGCGAAUUGUCCGCACUUUCCCGGCCCCCCCGGGGGAAAUCCCCCGCCUUUUCUCGCGAUGCGGCCGUAUUUUUUUGAUUUUAACGCCCACGCGAAGGGCCGGUGGGUGGGGCGGCCGCUUUUGACGGUUUGCGUGCGCGAGUUCGCCUGGACGCGCCCCCCGCGCGAGGGGGCGGGGGGCGGAACGGGCACUUUGAGGGAUCCAACUGGGGAUCCUUUAAAGGACAACCCUAGGAAUAACUCAAAGGAUACCGACGAGGAUCUUUUAAACGACCUACAUCAUGACACUUUAGAGGUUGGGGAGGGGAGCUUGGAUGCCCGGCUGACGCUGCCCGCCUUCAUUGCGGAGCUCUGCGAAGGGACGCUUUGGUUGGACGGGCGGGCGGAGGAGUGCCGGGCCGCCGGGCGCCGCCUCCGCGCGGCCCUCAUCACCCAACGGCCGGGGGCGGAAACCCCCAAAGGGGAUUGGGCGGCCGCGGUGGAAUGGCUGCGCGGGCUCCCCACCGUGGCCGCAGCGGAGCAUAUCCUCGAGCAGCAUCUGCCAUCGCUUCUGGUACUUCACCAGCGGGAUAUUCUCCGGCAUCGAAUUUGGCGUCGCGAAGGGCGCAUCUUCGCCGACGCGCCCCUUCACAUCCUUCGCUGCGACCUCCGCCUCCUCCACGACGACGACGCACCGCGCGAAACGGCGCAUCCUCCUCGGGGGAAACAAACAACUAAACAAAAAGAGAAGGAAAAAGAGGCGUUGGUGGUGGUGAGUAAACCCCCCGGCCUCCCUGUCCACCCUUCCGGCGCCUAUCAUAAAAAUACCAUCACUUCUCUACUCACCGACGUCCUGUUCGGCGGCCCCGCGGCCGUUCAUUAUUCUUACGUGAAAUACCCCCCCCGUCCGGCGGACGGGGUCCCGGCCUUCGCCUCGAUUUACCACCGAACGGAGGGAUUUGAGCUGAUUCGGGUCUGGAUCGCCGCGGAAGUCCCCGGCGAAGACGAACCCCCCCCAAAUCCAUCGACGUUCGCGAUGGGCGUGCGCGAGGAGGAUUGGGAAUUAAUCAAACGCGGGUUGGACGGCGGGCGGGGGGGGUGGCGGCCUUUUGUCGUCCACCGCCUCGACGCGGCCACCAGCGGGGUUUUGAUUUUCGCCCUCAACGCCGCCUCGGCGCGGGCCACGGCGACGUUGAUCGCGCAAAAAGAAGCCCCGACGAUCUCGAGCGGUGUUCGUGAUGGAAAUAAUAAUAACAAUAAUAAUAAUGGAUCCUGCGUAAAGCAUUACCUCGCCCUGGUGGAGGGGAAAUUGGAUGUGGAGGCUCUCGCGGAAGGCGGGAUUCUCCAGACAGACCCCUGUCAACCUCCCUCCCCCUCCACGAUGGAAACCACGGAAGAAGUUGACACCAAUGGAGUGCGGAAAGUUGGAAAUAAAGCCGGAAAUGGUGUUGAACCUCAUCUUGGCAAAUACGCGAGAACGGAAAGGGAAGAUCGGCGGGAAUUCGCAAAGGCAUCGCCUUGGCUGCGGGUGGAGCGCGCGAUUGGUUGUCUGAGUCCCCAACAGAGUCUUUAUUGGUGUGCGGGCGAAAAACGCACCGCGCGAUGGCGCCGUCGACGGCAUCUUUUCAACGAAAUGGUGAAUCCCCCCCCAGCGGGAAAAAAAAGAAAAAGCCACCCCGGCUGCUCUCCGAGAAAAACAUGCACGGAUGCGGCUUCUCACCACAGGCAAAAUUCCCCUUUUGAAAGCCGAAACGCCGAUGGCAGAAGAGGCCGACGACAUCGACGGUGCGAAUCCUCCACCGCAUUUGUCAAAUGA